AUGGAGGACUCUGAACACCUGGAGCACACCGCCGAUGGCCAAACUCAAGAGGGCUUCUCUGACAGAGUCUACCUUCUGGCAUCAGUCAUCUUCCAGAACAAUUACCUGGAGAAGCCAGCUGCUCAAACACUGGUGAAUUAUGGCAAGAAAAGGACUCUCUCUCUGCCUGAGGUCACUGAUGGUGAGAUGCAGCGAGCAGCCUACGAACUGGCUUUUAAUUCUCUCAAAUAUCAAGAGCUACUAGAAAGCAUCAUCCUUGACAGUACUUUUUACCUUUCACAGCCACUCCCAGAUGAUCAGAUGAGCCUUGCUGUUGUCAUGCUCUUCGACUUUCAAGACCGAAAGUUUAUCCCUCGUAAAUGUGAGAAUACUGAUGAGGAUGUAAAAGAAGUGAGAGAAGUGGAGCUCCACCUCCUCAGAUUUACAGCCAAGUUUGCCGCUUCCCUGGCCCGCUGGAGGAUCAAACAUGAGCUGCUGUCCAUUGAGUGUAUGCUGCCAGAGAGUGUGAGGAUAAAACAGGAGAGAGCCAGCAGCCUUAUGCUUUAUGCCUGGGUCAACUCUCUGAAGAGCAGUCUUGACGAGGUGCAGAGAGUGCUGAACGGAGCGGGCUUCUACAGGGUAAGAUCAGUGGGGCAGCUGCAGGGGAAGACCUUCUGCCAAGACCCACACUGUGAGGAUCUACUGGUGUUCCCGGCUCCAUUGAGACUGCACCUGGAGCCCACCAGCCUGCUUAGUAACCACAAGCUCAUCGUUCAGGAUAAAGCCUGCUGUCUGGGCCCAAACGCAGUGCGCCCUUUGUUACAAGAGGCUGAAAAUGGAGAUGUUCUUAUGGCUGGGUGUUUCUCUGGCCUGACUGUCGCACACACAGAAUCACUAAUUGCAAUGAAACAAAAAUCCAUGGGCAAUGACAAAUCCACUGUCUUUGUGUGCGUGGGAGACAGGACGGAGGCUCAGAGGGAGAAGCUACAGCGGGCUGUCAAUGCAAUGGGCUGCAAAAAUGUGAAACUGAUACCGAAGAGCUUUCAGUCUCUGGACAGAAGCGACAAGCAGUUUCAGAAAGUGCAGGUCAUCCUAUUAGCCCCCAGAUCUUCACUUUCAUCAAUCAGCAACCCGGUUGAGUUUAUACUGCAAGAGGAUGGAGAUACGGAGCUGCUACAGGACCUAGCUCGGGGAUCCAUCGCCAAGAGCAAACUGGAGUCUCUGGUUGUGCAGCAGAAGAAGGAUAUUGAUCAUGCCAUGCAGUUUCCCAAGAUACUGUCAGUGAUCUACACCACCUACUCAUCGUACCCUGAAGAGAACGAGGAGGUGGUCCGAGGCGUGUUUGAACAAGCUCCUGCCUGUGGGGGGAAUGGUCAGAGUCAAACAAGCCUCUCCUCGUUCAGCUUUCCUUUAGACUCAAAGGACCUUUUAUUCAAGAUGGAGCCCACAGAACACAACAAUGGCUGCUUCAUGGCUAUUUUCACCAGAAAGGAUCCCCAACAUGUCAAAGAUCCCGUAACAGAAGAUUCAGUAGAGGCGGCAGAGACAAUGGAAAAACCACAACGUAAAAGAUCUCAAGCUCAACUCAAAAGAAGAGAAACCAAAUCCAACACUGGCAGUGGAACCUCCUUAAAGAAGAGUUCAGUGCCUUCACCCAAAGUCAACGAGUCCGGCGAGGCACAACUGGCCAGAAUAAACUCCAGAGAUUCCAAAAAAAACCCCAAACUUGAACCCCUUCAGAAACCUUACAGCUGGAGUAAUACUAUUCGCCUGAAUCACUUUCCACAACAGACUGUGCCGAAGCUCAAAGAGUCCACCCCAAUAGUCCUACCCAAGAUUAAUUCUAGUGGCUUCAAGCGAUCCCCGAAACUGGAGCCUUAUGGGAAAUCCAAUCGUUGGAACAAAGUGGUCCAUCCUUAUCCUACUACCCAGGAAGUGCUCAAGCCAACAGUGAUCUCUCUACCACAGGAGGACUUCCCUGCUCUAUUCCCCCCUCACGUACGCCCCAAAUAUAGAGCCAGUUUCAACAAUCACAUGUGAAGUCUUUUCGGCUAGAAACCUUCAUACUCAGUCAGCUGGAUGGUGAAAUAGCCACUGCCAUCAAAUGAAACUCUAAAAUGGAUGAGAAUCAGUAUUAAAUAUAAUAUAUAAUUGUAUAGUCAAGAGGCUUUUGUUUUGAUAAUGCGUUUAUUGUCACAACAUAUUUGUACAUUUACACUCAGUGAAAAUGGUGGCAAACAGAACAGAUAUGACUUUAACUUUCAGAGCGUCUAGUUUUAUGUGAGAGAGUGCCUUUUGCGUUGGACUGCAUCACUGAGUUCACGUGGAGGUGAGGUGGUGGCCCCGAGCCAUAGGAGCAGUGUGAAGGGUUUCAAAGAGCAGUGACAGCAAAAUGCUUUACUGCGAUGUGCUCAUAUUUAUGUGUCUGUGACCCAGAGCUGACAGUCUGCAGAGCUUCUGAGAGAGGGGGGUAUAGAGUUUACCGCUAUAAUACG